CGUCAUUUUGACAGUGCGAGUCGCAAAAAAGUUUUGAUGUGCGUUGAACUGGAACGUGUGGUGAAAAACAGCAAAAAAUGGGCCAUUCAUGGGGAGGUCGUGGCGAAUAAUGUGUAAUUAUCGCUCCGCCAGUGGACAGGCAAUGGGCAGCGGGCAUUUGGCGUGCGAACGAGAGACUGUGAGCGGGUGAAUGCGGGGCGAUCGCGGAGUGUGAAUUGGUGGCGGUUUUUCGAAACUUUUGGGCGCCCCCAUGAGAUGAUGCAAAGAGACUCGCUGAGAAGAAUUGUGAUUGUUCUUUAGGAUUUUUGUGAUUGAGUCACUGAUAAUUGUGAUAGUAUGCUUAAACUGAAUAGGGAUCAUAUCUCGCUGCUUCUGCCCACGUCCGGGGAGGCGGCGACGGGCAGACGGAGCCUCCGGCGGACGUGGAACCAGCUGUCGCGCUUCCAGCGCAACAUCAUCUUCACCGUGCUGCUGGCGUUCCUGCUCAUGAGUCUGCUGCUGUACUCGGGGCUGGGGGAUGUGCGUGCGGACAAGCCGGAGACGCCGCGGCGGGAGCAGCGCGAGGCGGAGAGGCCGGCGAGGGAGGAGAUUGGUGCCAUAGAGGUUAUUCUGAGACCACCGGAUGACGUGGAGGCGGCCGAGGAGAGGGACGCCACCGCGAGGGCGGAGCUGGAGAACCCACCGACUUCCGUGCGCACGCCAGCGCAGGAGGGCCCGAAGGUGUUCGCGGGGCCGCAGAAUGAGCGCCAGCGAGCCGUCGUGGCGGCUUUCCAGCACGCCUGGACCAACUAUCGUGCCUUCGCGUGGGGUCACGACAACCUCAAGCCCAUGUCGCAGGGCCACCACGACUGGUUCGGCCUCGGGCUGACCAUCGUGGACGCGCUGGACACGCUGUACAUCAUGAAUCUGCGCAAGGAGUUCGACGAGGCGCGCCAGUGGGUGGAGAGCGGGCUGUCCUUCGAGGUGAAUCGCGACGUGAAUCUGUUCGAGGUGACGAUCAGAGUGCUGGGCGGGCUGCUGAGUGCUUAUCAUCUGAGUGGGGAGCAGAUGUUCCUGGUGAAGGCGGCGGAUCUGGGCAAUCGUCUGCUGCCGUGCUUCGAGUCACAAUCCGGCAUUCCCUACUCGGACGUCAAUCUGGCCACGCUGAGGGCGCACUCGCCCAAGUGGUCGCCCGACAGCUCCACCAGCGAAGUCACCACGAUUCAGCUGGAGUUCCGGGAUCUGUCGCGCAGCACUGGCGACGACAUCUACGAGACGGUGAGCCACAAGGUGAAUGAGAAGAUCCACAGCUUGGAGAAGAGACACGGACUCGUGCCGAUCUUCAUCAAUGCCAACACUGGGAUGUUCAGGACGUUCUCCACGAUCUCGCUGGGCGCCAGAGCGGACAGCUACUACGAGUACUUGCUGAAGCAGUGGCUGCAGAUGGGGAAGAAGGAGGAGGACUUCCUCAUCGAGGACUACAGCAUGGCGAUCGAGGGUGUGCUGAGUCAGCUGGUGAGAGAGACGCCCAAUGAGCAUCACGUGUACAUCGGAGAGUUGAUCAAUGGGAAGGAGUUUAAGCCCAAGAUGGAUCACCUGACGUGCUAUCUGCCGGGGACUCUCCUCCUGGGCCACAAGCACGGCAUGCCCGAGAGCCACCUGAAGCUGGCCAAGGAUCUCCUGGAGACGUGCUUCCAGACGUACAUGAAGCAACCCACGCAGCUUGCGCCCGAAAUCACGUACUUCAACUUGCACGGCGAGAGCGACAAGGACAUUUACGUGAAGAGCAACGACGCCCACAAUCUCCUGAGGCCGGAGUUCAUUGAGAGUUUGUACUAUUUCUACGUCAUCACGGGCAACAAGACGUACCAGGACAUGGGAUGGACCAUUUUCAAUGCCUUCGAGAAGCACACGAAGGUGAAGAACGGCUACACGUCGAUUGGCAACGUGAAGAAUGUCCUCAACACGCGACCGCGAGACAUGAUGGAGAGUUUCUUCUUGGGCGAGACACUCAAGUACUUCUAUCUACUGUUCAGUGACGAUAGGAACGAGAUUGAUAUCGAUGAAUAUGUUUUCAACUCAGAGGCACAUCCCCUUCCCAUUAGGGAUCACUGAAUUUGCCAGUAAUGCACAGCACUCUUUAGAUAGACCCUUUAUUCGUGACGGUUUUAUAUGAAUGUUGUCUUCUCUCUCACUCUCUCUCUAAGAAAGUAUUUAUAUAAGAGGAGAAGAGACAAAAGUGGAGAGAAAAGAGAAAAUAUUGUAUAUUUGUAAAAGUGCUACAAAUUAUGCACUAAAAGUUGUUAAAUCAAACGUUUACUGGACACUUGGAUAAAGUAGGAUCAGUUUAUUUAGGACAAAGUUACUCUUGUGGCACGCUAAUAUUGUAACGUGUAAAAGAAAAUUUAUUAAAAA